AUGCUGGUGGAUGGCCGCCUGGCAUUGGUGGAAGCGGCCGGGGCGGGUCAUGAUCGGGCGGUGGAGGCGCUGUUGGCGGCUGGGGCAGAGAUCGAUGGUGUGGAUGCCCGUGGAUGGUCGCCGUUGUUGGCUGCUGCGGCUGCUGGGCAUGAUGAAGUUGUCGAGCUACUCGUCGAUGCAGAGGCAGAGCUGGAUGUCGCCGCCAACGAGCCGGAUGGCCUCACUGCCCUCGCUGCUGCUGCCGAGGCUAACGCCCUCGAUGCAGCCGAGGUUCUACUGGUGUAUGGCGCAGGCGCCACCGUGGCUCCCCCGGCCUGGCUCGGCCUCACUCCCAUGCUUCUUGCUGCAGGUCGCGGCUAUACUCGCAUCGUCGACCUGUUCCUGGAGGAGAGCGCCGGCAAGACGGACGCGCUGACCACUCCUGACGGGCCGCUGGGUCCUGCUGCGCUCGCCGCCCUCGGCGGCCAUGGCGAAACCCUCAACGCGCUGAUCAAGGCCGGAGUUGUUCCGCCGCGUGCCGGUGUCCCGCUCAUCACCGGCAUGGUCAUGGAUCCUGACAUCGAGGCGCUCUUGCUCUCCAAGUGCUCGGUUGUCAUUGGCCCGCACUCUACCGAUCUUGCACCUGCACUUCGCAAGCUGCUUCAGUGGCCCGACGCUUCACCUGCGCCCGCACCUGUAUCUGUGCCUGUACCUGCGCCUGCGCCUGCGCCUGCUCCGGCACCGGCACCCGCCCGAAACGGACUCGACGAUGACGACCUGCUGCUGCUGCAGGCGCUCGGCGGCUCGUCGGCUACGCUGGCCAAUCCCGACCCUUUGCAACCACCCACUGCUGCUGAUGACCGCAGCGAUGACAACGGCGACGAAGAGUCGCUCGGCGGUGAGUCGGCGUUUGUGGCCGGACACGGCCACGGCUACGACCGCCCGCCGCCCAACCCCAUCCCACAGCGGCUGACCUCGAUGAUGUCGGCCGUCUCGACCGAGACGACCGAGACGACCGAGACCGGUCGCACAGGUGCCAUGCGCCGCUACUUAGACGAGCUGGACCAAGAGUACGAAGACGUGUUGGACACUGUCGGCGUCUCUCCCGCCGUCCUCGACUACGAGCACCGCGUACCUGCCGCCAAAGUCCACACCCGCGCUCUUGCUGAGCAAGAGGCCGCCGAAGCCGCGGCCAAGCGGGAGCGGGAGCAAGAGGCCGCCGAAGCCGCGGCCAAGCGGGAGCGGGAGCAAGAGCAACAAGCCGCGGCCAAGCGGAAACGCGAGCAGGCAGAAGCGGCGGCCAAGCGUAAGCGGGAGCAAGAGGCUGCCGAAGCCGCAGCCAAGCGUAAGCGGGAGCAAGAGAAGCAAGCGGCGGCCAAGCGUAAGAGGGAGCAGGCAGAAGCGGCGGCCAAGCGUAAGCGAGAACAGGCAGAAGCAGCAACUGCGGCCGCAGCAGCACGGCGUAGUCACUCGGACCAGGUCCGUCUUCGCCGCGAGGCCGAAGAACGAAAGUACCGAGAAGAGGAGCGGCUGCAGGCCCUCAUCGAAGAAGAUCGCCGCCGCCAGGCCGCCGCUGACGCUGCAGUCCUCACACCGCUGACGCCCACCUCACCCGUCACACCCACCUCCCCCACACCGGCUGUGGCUGCUGCCGCGGCGUCCAUCGAGUCUCUCCAAGACGAGCUGAAAAAGGCUGACGCUACCAUCGCGGCGCAGCAGAUCAAGAUCACCCGUUUGCGGACCGAGCUCGCCUCUGCCAGCGCACAGGUCCGUAUCCUCAAGGGCCGCGAUGAGACCCGCAGGGCCGCCGCUGCUGGCGUCGCCCUCGCUCGUGGCGACCGCAAGCGGCAAAUCGAAGACGAAAUCGCUCUCCUCCGCACAGAGUACGCCGCUUUGGUUGCCGCUGACUCGCCACAAAAGCGCGCUUCGCCGUCCAAGGACCGCGCGCGUCAGCGCGAGCUCACUCGUCGCACACCGGCGCGCCACUCCUCACCGCCGCCCGCCGCCCGGCGUCGGGCAGCCUCAACCCGCCCUGGCCAGCGCUCCUCGCCACCUACGCGCUCGUACUACGCGCUCUACAAGCAGGCGCGCGGCCUCCCACCCACGCCGCCGUCGUCUGACGAAGGUGAUUUAGUGUACGAGUACGAGUACGCGUCAGACGAUGACGACUUUGACGAGCUCGACUACAAGCCGCGGAUCCGCACCCGCCCGCGCGCAAUGACCAAUUCACCUGCUCCAUCACGUCGUCCGCACCCUUCCGCGCGGCGCAGGUCACCGCAUCGCGCUCGCCGCACCCGCAAGGUUCGCAAAGUGCCCAAGCCGUCGUACAUGCGCUCGUCCCGCGACGAGGCCCGGGUCCGUGCUCUGCGCGCAGAACUCGAGGCCCGCGAGCUCGAGCCGUGCUCGUUCAAGCCGAAGCUCAACACCCAUUCUCGUGCCCUUCUCGAGCGCCGCAAACGCCGCACGUCUGACACCAGGCCCGCGUCCGGCCCAGAGCCCAAGUCCGAGCAUGACGCCACCGCAGCUCCAACCCGCUUUCUCCAACCCGGAUUUGUCCCCUCACCGGACCGUGAAUCACGCGCCCGCUCGCGCUCGCGCUCACGCCCGCGCCAUCACCAGCCGCGGGUCGGCCCAAAGUCGGCAAAGAACCAUGGUGCUGUCUCGGACUCACACUCGGUCUCCUGCAGCCGACCUUCCCAAGCUUAACGCGUCGUCUGGCUCGCUUGAGCUCCGUAGCGUGCUCCGCCACUCCCGGCGAUAGUUGCCACUAUCUCGUCCGGAGGGCAGGAGGUGGAUCAAAGUCCGCGGGUGAGAGCGAUGUGGAGCCACGGCUGGUCUUGGAAGCGCCUUCGAGGUUCGCAGAGCGACGGAGGUCGACUGUCGAGGAGGUGGCGAUUGGGCCGACUCGGCUGGACUGCCUGCGGAAGAACGAGCGCUGGCGAGGACGCCCGAGGGCCGACGCCGCUGGAGUCGCCGAGGCGGCGUUUGAUGUCGACGGCAUGAUGAGCGUGGAUGAGAGCGCGAGCGAGGGCCGGGCGGAGGUCUCGGUCGUUUUGGAGGGAGUAGUAAAGAUACGUGAGUCCGAC